AUGCGGAAGGGGGCCUACUCAGAUAGGGUGGUCUGGAGAGGCUUAGAAAAAUGGAUACAGCAGAGACUGAAGGAUGAAGUAGCAGCUGGGGGAGAGCUUUCAGACAGCCUCAGGCCUGAAAGCAGCUCGCAUGUUCAGGCUGGCGAAAGCAGCUUGUCUGGCCGGAGCAUAGUUUGGAGCAUGGAUGGCGAGGAAGAUGAUUUGUCUCUGCUGACCGCACUGCUGGAGGAGAACGAGUCAGCCUUGGACUGUAAUUCAGAAGAGAGACACUCCUUGACCCCAGAAGGUGGCGAGCCGGAUGCAUUUGAUGAGCUUUUUGAUGCUGAUGGGGACGGUGAAUCUUACACAGAGGAGGCUGAUGAUGGAGAAGUGGGAAAGACAGAAGAUCAAAAGGAAAAUUUGGAUGCUCUCUUUGGAGAUAUGGAGGACUUAACAGAUGAAGAAGUUCCUACGUUUCAGUCAGCUGAAAAUGGGACCCCUGCCCCCAGUCAAGCAAAAACAAAUCAAGAGUUGCAAGAUGAAUUAAGAAAAUUACAAGAGCAAAUGAAGUCCUUACAAGAGCAGUUAAAAAUAGUGACGAUUAAACAGACUGCAAGUCCAGCCCUUCUGCAUAAGUCGCCUGAUAAGUCUCCACGGCCCCCUCUUAAGGAGAAGAAAGUUCAGAGAACUCAGGAGUCGUCGUGCUUUUCUGCAGAGCUUGAUGUUCCUGCCUUACCAAGGACUAAGCGGGUGGCCCGGACACCAAAGGCUUCACCUGCAGAGCCCAAAAACUCGUCUUCAAGGAUGACAAGUGUACCCUCCCAACCACUCCGAACUAUUCCUGGGAACAAACCUAGUGGGAUGGCUAGAGAUCAGAGUGCAGAAACCCCAGGGAGUUCUGGGGAAAAGGCUCCAACGGUCUCUGUGUCUGUGGAAGCCUUCUCCGGCCUACGGCUCAGGCGGCCUCGAGUAUCCUCCACAGAGAUGAACAAGAAAAUGACUGGCCGAAAACUGAUCAGACUAUCUCAGAUCAAGGAAAAGAUGGCAAGAGAGAAUCUGGAAGAAAUAGACUGGGUGACGUUUGGGGUUAUAUUAAGGAAAGUUACCCCACAGAGCACUAACAGUGGAAAAACAUUUAGCAUCUGGCGGCUGAAUGAUCUCCGUGACCUGACACGGUAUGUGUCAUUGUUCUUGUUUGGAGAGGUCCACAAAGAGCUCUGGAAGACAGAGCAAGGUACUGUCAUAGGCCUACUCAACGCUAACCCCAUGAAGCCCAAGGAUGGUUCAGAGGAGGUGUGCUUAUCUAUUGAUCAUCCUCAAAAGGUCUUAAUUAUGGGUGAAGCUCUUGACCUGGGGACCUGUAAAGCGAAGAAGAAGAGUGGAGAGCCGUGUACCCAGACUGUUAAUUUGAACGACUGUGAGUACUGUCAGUACCAUGUCCAGGCUCAGUACAAGAAGCUCAGCGCAAAACGAGCUGACUUGCAGUCCACCUUCUCCGGAGGACGAAUUCCCAAGAAGUUUGCCCGCAAAGGCGCUGGCCUAAAAGAACGGCUGUGUCAAGAUGGUUUUUACUAUGGAGGGGUUUCUUCUGCAGCAUAUGCGGCCUCAAUUGCAGCAUCUAUUGCUCCGAAGAAGAAGAUUCAAACCACUCUGACUAAUCUGGUUGUUAAGGGUACAAACUCGAUCAUUCAGGAAACACAAAAAAAACUUGGAAUACCUCCGAAGAGUUUGUCCUGCUCUGAGGAAUUCAAGGAAUUAUUGGACCUGCCAACGUUUGGAGCCAGAAACUUGAAACAACAUUUAGCCAAAGCCAGGGCUUCAGAGAUUGCAGAGAGCCCAACACCUGCCAUCCAGUCUAUCUCGGCAUCGGCCCUCUUGAAGCAACAGAAACAGCGUAUGUUGGAGAUAAGGAAAAAGAAAUCAGAAGACAUACAGAAACAAUUUCUCCAAAGCUCAGGUGAGAUGAAGAGCACAGCCGAGCCAUCGUCAUUGCGACAGCCCCCUGCUCAGUCUCCACGAACGGAGGCCGAGCUCCCCAGGCUGGAGGGAACCCUGGCUGCAUGGACGCCCAAGCUUGGGCGAGGCAUCUCAGAAGGAGAUGAUGUUCUCUUCUUUGAUGAGUCACCACCACCAAGACCAAAACUGGGUGCUUUAGCAGAAGCCAAAAAGUUAGCCGCUAUCACCAAAUUAAGGGCAAAAGGCCAGAUUCUUACAAAAACAAACCCAAAUAGCAUUAAAAGGAAGUCAAAGGACCGCAAGGACAUCCUGGAAGUGAAGGAACGUGUAGAGAAGAACAACACGUGCCCUCCUCAAGCUGAGGAUGAACUGGAGCCUGCCAGGAAAAAAAGGAGAGAGCAGCUUGCCUACCUGGAAUCUGAGGAAUUCCAGAAAAUUCUAAAAGCAAAAUCAAAGCACACAGGUAUCCUGAAAGAGGCCCAGGCUGUGCUUCAGGAGCGCUAUUUUGAGCCACUGGAGAAAAAAGAACAAAUGGAAGAAAAGAUGAGGAACAUCCGAGAAGUGAAAUGUCGAGUUGUGACCUGCAAUACAUGUGCCUACACCCACUUCAAGCCCUUGGAGACCUGCAUCAGCGAGCAGCACUCCUACCACUGGCAUGACGGCGUAAAGAGGUUUUUCAAGUGUCCCUGUGGGAACAGAAGUAUCUCCCUUGACAGACUCCCAAAAAAGCACUGCAGUAAUUGUGGCCUCUACAAAUGGGAACGGGAUGGAAUGCUAAAGGAAAAGACUGGUCCAAAGAUAGGAGGAGAAACUCUGUUACCAAGAGGAGAAGAACAUGCCAAAUUUCUAAAUAGCCUUAAAUAA